UCUUCCAGUAAACCUAGGAGAUGUUCAUUGGUACCUAGCAGUUAUAAAUGUCAGAAAACGAUGUAUCCAAGUGCUUGACUCGCUAGGCACAAGAAUGCAUCGCGAGGAUCUCGAUGCUAUGCUGCAAGGAUUGGAAAAUGUAUUCACAUUUGCCUCCCGUCACAUGGAACUAAAAUCUGACAAGUGGAAGGACCAAAACGUCACAACAUGGCCUAGGGAAGAGUGCAUUAAGAGCAGCCUGCAGACAGAUGGGUCAUCGUGUGGUCUGUGGAUGUUAAAUUUUAUGGAAUAUUUCACAGGGGAUAUUUUAUCUGACAUUCCUGAACAGGUCAAUAUGACAGAUUUUAGAAGCAACCUAGCAGUUAUUUUGGUGGAUUCACAUUUAAAUGAUGAUAAUAUAAGGAAUCGAGACUUCAAAGAAGAUGAAGACCAUACAUUUGAUCCCACGGAUUGUGUCAUUGUGGACGGACCCCCUAAAAACAUCAAAGCAUCGAAACUAUCAUCAGAAAUUGGGUUCAUCUCACAAUCAUUGCUUCUAUCACCAUCUGUCAAUCCAACGGACGAGGAUUUAAUAGAUAAACUUUGCCUAUACAUCAGCACGGUUCAUGAUAUCCCUUCACUAGAGACCGAAUGGGUUAGAAGUUACGGUCCUUAUCCUAUUAGUCUUAAUUUGAGGCAAAUAAGUAACAUACUAAAUAUGGCUGAAAAUAUGGACGUUAGUUGCUUUAACAUGGCCGUACGAAUACUAGCGUGGCACGACAUCCAGUUUGCUAGGGAUGUCCCAGUUCACUACAUGGAUUUAAACUUCUGUAUUUUAUUGCCUUGGGAUAUUCUUGGGUUAUUCCAGUUGUUCGUCUUGGAUCGGAACAAAAAAGUUGUCUCUUUUUUAGAUCCACUUCCAAUACCAAAUUUAAGGAAGAAUAUACUAAAAACGGUGGCUGAUAAUUUUAACCGUGCGCUCAAAGUUGCAAACCCUCCAUCAAAGGAUGACAUAAAUAAAUGGGGUUGCAAGUAUCCCAAAAUUCCGACAAACUCAGAUGGGUAA